AUGAUUGAAACGAAAGCGUGGAAGAAAAUGAGAGGAUUAGUGGAUCAGGACAAGUGUCGAUUGUGUGGGGAAUCUAGAGAGACAGUUCAACACCUACUGGCAGGAUGCAAAAAGAUAGCGGGAUCGGAGUAUGUAAGAAGACAUGACAACGCGUUGAAAGUAUUGGCGGUGCAAUGGGCGAUUGAUAACGGAUUGUUACCAGAAGGAAGAAAGUGGUACACAGAAAGAUGGGAGAGAGGAAAAAUGAUUGAGAACAAUGGAAAGAAGCUAUUUUUGGAUUGGGAACAUAGAAUGAGGACGAGUUGCACGGCCAGGAGACCCAAUCUGACGCUUGAGGACGAAAAGUAA